GAGAUACAUAGAUGAGUAUAAGAAAAUGGGGGGAGGGACCCCCAAAACCUCAGGCAUGGUGACUUAUGCCUAUGAUACAGGAAGAUCUCUGAGUUCUAGGCCAUCAUCUUCAAAGUGAGUUCAGUACUAGUCGAGGAUGUUUCCAAAGAAAGCAAGAACAACAACAGCAAUAAAUAAAUAAAUAAAUAAAUAACAAAAAGAAAAAAAAAGCUAUGAAGGUUACAAAUAAAUCAUAGCAUGAAAGUGAAUUAAGGGGUACUUAAGAUGAAGUGUACUAGGAAACCCUCUUUAGGGAGGAAGUGUUAAGUAAGUGAUAAGGGAACACCAAGAGUGUAUUCCCCAGAGACUGCCCGCCUGGAGGGUCUGUGGAUCUUAACGGGUGGGAAAGUAGAGAAACCAAGGACAGAGAAAACAGGGUGAGGUGACGUAAACUUAGCAGCAGAGGAAGAGUUUUGAUUUGUGCUGCCAAGUGUGGAGAGGAGCCUCGUCUGGGUUCCGUAUUUACGAAGAUCGCCCCGAGGCUACGUGGCAGAGGCCAGAAAGGAAACUGAAACCCGAAGCUCCAGUGGCUUGGAAUGGGCGGCGGCCGCAGUUAGGGGGAACCGAACGAGAACCCAGGAUUUACGCAGCUAAAACGGCUCUGCCAGGAGCUGACAGUACCCACAGAGUCCCGGCCUAGCGUUUCGCGGGAGGGACCGGAAGAGGAAGUCGGGGCUGCACCCUAGAGGUCCGGGUGCCGCCAGCGCAGCCUGAGCCUAGCUGCCCGCCCGUGGGAUGGGGCUGCUGCACUCGCUGCACGCUCCCGCGGCUGCCCUGCUCUGGAGCUGCCUGCUCGGACUGGCAGCUGCUCAGGAAGCCAUUCUGCAUGCGUCUACAAAUGGCGUGUCUUCACUUUCCAAGGACUACUGCAUGUAUUAUAACAACAACUGGACACGACUUCCAAGUUCCCUAGAAAAUGCAACUUCUCUGAGCUUGAUGAAUCUGACGGGCACAGCACUGUGCCACCUUUCUGAUAUUCCUCCUGAUGGCAUAAGGAACAAGGCAGUGGUGGUGCACUGGGGACCCUGCCAUUUUCUUGAAAAAGCCAGAAUUGCACAGGAAGGUGGUGCUGCAGCAUUGCUGAUUGCCAACAACAGUGUCCUAAUUCCUUCCUCAAGGAACAAAUCUACAUUUCAAAAUGUGACUGUACUAAUUGCAGUUAUAACCCAAAAAGACUUCAAAGACAUGAAAGAGACUCUUGGAGAUGACAUUACCGUGAAAAUGUAUUCCCCAUCCUGGCCUAACUUUGACUAUACUCUGGUGGUUAUUUUUGUAAUUGCUGUGUUCACUGUGGCCUUAGGAGGAUACUGGAGUGGACUUAUUGAAUUGGAAAACAUGAAGUCAGUGGAAGACGCAGAAGACAGAGAGACAAGAAAAAAGAAGGACGAUUACUUAACAUUCAGUCCUCUCACGGUUGUUGUGUUCGUGGUCAUCUGCUGUAUAAUGAUUGUCUUACUGUAUUUCUUCUACAGGUGGCUUGUGUAUGUUAUGAUAGCGAUUUUCUGCAUAGCAUCGUCAAUGAGCCUGUACAACUGUCUUUCUGCAUUGAUUCAUAGGAUGCCAUGUGGACAGUGCACGAUUUUGUGUUGUGGCAAAAACAUUAAAGUGAGCCUGAUUUUCCUUUCCGGGCUGUGCAUCUCAGUUGCUGUUGUGUGGGCUGUAUUUCGAAAUGAGGAUAGGUGGGCUUGGAUUUUACAGGAUAUCUUAGGAAUUGCUUUCUGUCUCAACUUAAUUAAAACAAUGAAGUUACCCAAUUUCAUGUCAUGCGUGAUACUGCUAGGCCUUCUUCUCAUCUACGAUGUGUUCUUUGUCUUCAUCACACCUUUCAUCACAAAGAAUGGUGAGAGCAUCAUGGUGGAACUUGCUGCUGGGCCUUUCGAGAAUGCUGAAAAGAAUGAUGGAAACUUUGUGGAAGCCACUGCUCUGCACACAGCUCCCCAUGAGAAAUUGCCAGUAGUUAUCAGGGUGCCAAAACUGAUGGGUUACUCAGUCAUGAGUGUAUGCUCCGUGCCUGUUUCAGUAUUGGGUUUCGGAGAUAUCAUUGUACCAGGCCUGUUGAUUGCAUAUUGUAGAAGAUUCGAUGUUCAGACUGGUUCUUCUAUAUACUAUAUUUCAUCCACAAUUGCCUAUGCUGUUGGCAUGAUCAUUACCUUUGUUGUCCUGAUGGUGAUGAAAACAGGGCAGCCUGCUCUCCUCUACUUGGUACCUUGUACACUUAUUACUGUCUCAGUCGUUGCUUGGAGUCGUAAGGAAAUGAAAAAGUUCUGGAAAGGCAGCAGCUAUCAGGUGAUGGACCACCUGGACUAUUCAACAAAUGAAGAAAAUCCAGUGACGACUGAUGAGCAGAUUGUACAACAGUAAUUACGUGGACUUACAAUGAUGUGUUAUUGAUUUCCUACAAAUACAUUUUGGCCUUUUUUUCUUUUUUGCUCUUGGAGACAGAGGCAGGACUGGAGUUCAGUCCUGCCUCUGUCUCCCAAAGGUUUAGUUAGGACUAUAGCUGGACAACACUAUGCCCAGCAAGUUUUAAAUCAAAGUUUGAGUUGAAAAUUGGGAACAUUUACAGCGAUGUUUGCAAAUCUGUAUAUUUUUAUGAGUUGGUAAAAAUCCCAUCAUACAUAGUGAAAAUGCAUUUUCUUUUAAUUAUGUUAAAAUUGUGCCUUCACAGUCAGCUUAAAAACAUAGCGUUUGUGUAGUUUCCAAACGAAUUAUAUACAUUAUAUUUUUCUAAAAAAGAAAAAAAAAAGCUACCCUGACCUUCCUUUGUACUUUUCUUAAUGAAAUAUUUCUCCAAAUGCUAAGGUUAGAUCAUGUGUAAGUGUCAAAGCAAGUUUCUGAGUAUAUUAAAGAUUUAUGUAACUUUUAACCCCUCUACAGAAAUAAAUACUUAAGACUGCAAGAAGACAGUUCAUGUAUAUGGGUGUUUUGCCUGUAUGCAUCUGUCUGUACACCACAUUUGUGCCUGGUACCUGGUGCCUGGUGCCAAUGGAGACCAGAGGAGGGUGUUGGAUUCCCUGGGACUGGAGUUACAGAUGGUUGUCAGCUGCCCUUUGUGUUCUGGGAAUCAAACCCAGGUCCUCAGAAAGAGCAGCAAGUGCUCCUAACUGCUGAGCCAUCUCUUCAUCCUUGUCGUUUAAGCUUUUAAAAACGUGUAACCCUUUUUAAACCUGAGAACCUAAAUUCUUUCAUCUGUGUACACAUGCUACUAGACUGUUUUUUAGGUCGAAGGAAACAUAGAAGUAGUUGUUAGAAGGACACCAGAACUGAAUCUAGUUCUUAUCUAGUUCCUAUGGUUUACUUGAAGAUACAGAUUAAACUUCUGUAUUAAACUUCAGUUUGUUUUUUUCUGAUCUUUGAAAUUUGAUUCCAUUAAGUAAGAUUUCUUCUUUUAAAUGUUUUUCUUAACUGACUAGAUAGUAUAUGUUUAACUUAUUGUUUGUCUUGACUAUCCUGACAAUACUUAUAUCAUCUUCACCCUGCUUUCCAGUCCUUCUUGUGUAAGUGAGGUCUGGUAACCACAAGUGUUCUGAAGUCCAUCUCUUUUCUCACCUCUAAAAUGAGUGAGUGCUCCACUCAUUUAACCACUUUGCUAGCUUGCAACCUGAAAAAAAAAUUUCCUUCUGCAGGGCGUGGUGGCGCACGCCUUUGAUCCCAGCACUCGGGAGGCAGAGGCAGGCGGAUUUCUGAGUUUGGGGCCAGCCUGGUCUACAGAGUGAGUUCCAGGACAGCCAGAGCUACACAGAGAAACCCUGCCUCAAAAACAAAACAAAACAAAACAAACAAACAAAGAAACAAAUACACACAGAUAUAUUUCCGUCUGAUUCUUUGCAAAAUCUCAGGUGUUUUUCUAGAAAUUAGAGGUGAAAUUAUCUUCAAGUUUUGUUUUGUUUUUUUAAAAUUUCUCUAAGAAAGUACCAGGUGACAAGUCAUCGCAGAAGCGCAGGCUUUUGUGUUUCUGUAUCAACAUUGCACAGGAGACGUGAGCAGUCCAGUCGUUCAUGUUAAGGCAAAGCCAGCUUCUUCAAAGUAAAACAGGCAUACUGAAAAAUGGGUUAGACCUUUGAUAUUUGAACUAAAGUUCACAUUAAAUGCUUUUUUGUUUAAUUGUUAACUUUUGCUGAGUAGAUGACAAAGAAGCGGGACUGCUUCGUUCUUCUAGGUACCGGAUGGGGUCUUUUGUUUACAGUAAAGCUAUCUGGCAAGAGAUAAGUGCCAUUUACAAUUCUAACUGUACUUUCACAUCAACUGUCAAUAAAAUGCCUGCCAAAAUACAGCUGUUUUAGUAACAUCUGCAUUCCCAUUCAAGUCGCGAUAUUCAAAAGCAACAGUUACAAUUUUAUGGAGACUAUUAAAGAAAAUUAUUCUUUUUAAAACCACAUUGAAAUAAGAUGAUAUCUCAAAAUAAUUUGGUUUUAUUAAUUUGUAGCUAAUAUCUUAAUUUCCUAAUCUAAACUUUUGCUCCAGAAAACCAUGAACACAUCUACAAAUCUGAAUUCCAACUUAUUGGAAACAUUUUCUAUUUUACCCAGCCAUCAUAUUGUCUUCUAUAUGGUCUGGAGUGUAUCAGUGUUAGAGUACUUGCCUACCAUGUUCAAAGUGCCUUCCCCAGCACUGCCAAUGAAACAACUUACUAAGUAGCUAUAAAUAACAAAAGAAUUUCCUAGAGUCUCUCUACCCUCACUGCCAAUUUCAUGUUUACUUAAACAGCCCUCCUAGCAACAUAGUUGAAAAUACCUCCAUAGAGAAAAUAAAAGACAGAAAUACUUUGUCUUGGAAAUCAAAACUAAUAGAUACCAGAGUUGAAAAUUUGUCUCUGAAAAUUUGUCAUCUCUUCCUCUCUUGCUAACCUAACACCAAUACUUUUUAAGAGGUAGAUAAGUUGGAUUUCUUUCCCCUUAAACAUGCUUUUAAAACAAAAUAUAUUGUAUUUAUUAGUAUUUACUACAAAAUAAAAUACUUGCUAGAAAGUUCCACACUUGUGGCUUAUCAAAUAGAAAUCACUGAUUUUUUUUGUUUGUUUGUUAGUUUUUUUUCAAGACAGAGGUCUCUCUGUGUAGCCCUGGCUGUCCUGGAGCUCACUCUGUAGACCAGAUGGGCUUCUAAUGCAGAGAUCUGCCUGCCUCUGCCUCCCGAGUGCUGGGAAAAUAUUAAUCAUAAAUGCAUUUUUAUUUUCUUCUAGCUUGUGGCUGACUUUAAUUCGCAAUUACACUUUAUACUAGAAUGUGAUUCGAUGCCCUUUUGAAGGAAAUCUGUCCUUCCAUAUGCUGCUGGCAUUCAUGUAUUUUAGUUACUGUGCAUACAGGUUUGGGUAGAGUGGCAUUUUAUAAUAACUCCAAUGAGCUUUCUAAGUUCCUUUGCUCUGUCAAUGUCCACAUUUCUAAAGCGAUUUUUCCGUCAUGGGGCGCUUAUCCAGGGCUGUGCACACACUGAGCAAGUGCUGCGCCCACCUCUGAGCAGUAUGUCCAGCUCCUCCGUCUCGGCUCUAGGUCAAAGCAGGAUUAUUUUACAUUGGAUGAAAAUAUAUCUAGUCUGUUAAACUGAUUCGCUAGAACUCCGGUUUGAUUCCUGUCAGUGAACUUUCAGAGCUGGCAGUUGGACUCCCGAUGGGUAGACUACACUAGUUAAAGCAGCCUUUGUAGUUUUCUGUAAAUAAGAAAAAUAGACUGGAUCAACUCAAGGAUGUAGUGGUUGAUCAGUUCAGCACGUCACGUGGUGGGUUUGACUAGGCAUUACAAAUACUAUAAACAGCGUUCCUAUUCCUUUGAAAUAUACAUAAAAAAUACCUACCAUAUAUCUGGUUGGCCUUCAACUUCCCCCAUAGGACAAGUGAGUGUAAAUUCAGUAGCUUUUUGUCCACUUUCCCCCCUAAUACAUUGUACUCAAAUUAGUAACUUUUUAAGAAUGCAUAAUUGGAUUUUUACUUCUUAGAUGAUUGGUUUGAAUAUGAGAUUCUUUUUCUAACACUUUUCUAUGUAAGUUAGUGUAAAUUAAUAUUUUUAUAACACUAUUAGACUUUUUAUGGAACAUGAUUUAAGACUUAAAUUUUUGGAGUAUUAAUUUAGCUGUAAGUUAAGCUCUCUUCAUCAUGAUGUGCCAAUUCUGACAAGAAAAACAAAAACAACAAACCUUUCAGUGUAUUGAAUUUACUGUGUGCUCAAUAAAUUUUAUUUUAAAAUAAAAAA